AGAAAUAAUGAAAUAAGAAAAUGAAAAAAAAAAGAAAAUGAAAAUCAAAAUUGGAAUCGCAAUCCAAAAUACUUUGUUACUACUAGCCUUCUGGGAACGCGAAAAGAAAGACAAAUUUCUUGCAAUUGAAGGUGAGAUUUGGGGAUAGGGAAAUUGAGGAAACCCUAGAACAAGUACGGUCUUUACUUUGCUAUAAUGGGUCGCGAAUCUCUGGCUGUUGUGACUGCGCCGCCCUCGGCGACUGCUCCGGGUACUGCUACUGCGGCUACCUCGCUUGCUCCUGGCUUCCGAUUUCAUCCGACUGAUGAGGAACUCGUGAGCUAUUACUUGAAGAGGAAGGUUCUGGGCAAACCUGUACGCUUCGAUGCGAUUGGAGAGGUCGAUAUCUAUAAGCAUGAGCCCUGGGAUUUAGCAGUGUUUUCGAGGUUAAAGACAAGGGACCAAGAAUGGUACUUCUACAGCGCAUUAGAUAAGAAGUAUGGAAACGGCGCUAGGAUGAACCGAGCAACUAACAGAGGGUACUGGAAAGCAACUGGAAAAGACAGAGAAAUCCGCCGUGACAUUCAGUUGCUUGGUAUGAAAAAGACGCUUGUUUUCCACAGCGGGCGUGCCCCAGACGGGCUUCGGACUAAUUGGGUCAUGCACGAGUAUCGCCUUGUGGAAUAUGAAACCGAGAAAAACGGAAACCUGGUGCAAGAUGCAUAUGUGUUGUGCAGAGUCUUCCACAAGAAUAACAUUGGGCCACCAAGUGGGAACAGAUAUGCGCCGUUCAUGGAAGAGGAAUGGGCUGAUGAUGCAGGAGCUCUGAUUCCAGGAAUAGACGUUAAGCUCAGGCUAGAGCCGCCGCCAGUAGCCAAUGGAAACAACCAGAUGGACCAGUCAGGCAGCAAGAGUCUCAUCAACAUCAAUGAGCCACCGAGAGAGACAGCUCCAAUGGAUAUCGAACCUAACCAACAGAAUCAUCAUGAGAAUGAGCUCAAGCCGCAGGAGCAUAACAACAAUAAUAAUUAUGAUGAAAACGAGGAAACACUCAAACGCGAGCACACGGAAGAAGAUGAGCGUCCUGCUCCACCUGUAUGUGUUCUCAACAAAGAAGCUCCAUUACCUCUCCUGCAAUACAAACGUAGACGCCAGAAUGAGUCAAACAACAACUCAAGCAGGAACACACAGGACCAUUGUUCGUCCACAACAACAACCGUCGACAAUACAACCACCUUAAUCUCAUCAUCUGCCGCUGCCACCAACACUGCCAUCUCUGCAUUGCUUGAGUUCUCACUCAUGGGUAUCUCCGACAAGAAAGAAAAGCCGCAGCAACCGCUACGUCCUCACAAGGAACCUUCUCCUCCUCAAACUCCACUUGCAUCUCCUGAAGAGAAGGUUAAUGAUCUCCAGAAGGAGAUUCACCAGAUGUCUGUUGAAAGAGAAACUUUCAAGCUUGAAAUGAUGAGUGCAGAAGCUAUGAUCAGUAUUCUCCAGUCAAGGAUCGAUGCGCUGCGUCAGGAGAACGAGGAACUUAAGAAGAACAAUGCCAAUGGACAAUAAAGGUUCUAAAACCAUCUCUCCAGGUUACUUCUUCUUGCUCUUCGCCUUUUAGCUUUAAUCUCCCUAAUAUUAUGAGCCAUCUAUGUAGCUCCUCUAGACGGAUUGCGAACCGUGUGAAUCUCUGUUGUAACAUAGGAUAAAACGGAUUCGAGCCCCUGAGCCGAGUGUUUUAUCCUUCUUUUUUUUUUUUUUUUUGGAUGUUCCUGCAUCUUUUGAGAACAGUUUAGGUUGUUGCUCCAUUGUCAUAUAUCAUCUAUCUAUCUAGUCUUUUCAGACAAAAACUA